AUGGCGGAACUACAUGUUGCUCAACCAAUAAAAUUAAGAUGCGGCCUCACAUUGCCUAAUCGACUUGUCAAAGCUCCCAUGUCAGAGGGAAUUGCAACGCCUAGGUCGCUUCCAGAUAAAAAAAUUCACAAUAUCUAUCAGCACUGGGCUAAAGGCGGUUGGGGCAUGAUUAUUACUGGGAAUGUUCAAGUAGAUGACAGAUAUCUUGGUACGGCUACGGAUUUGGCGGUGGACUCACUUGUCAGUGACGAUGGCGUAAUUACGUCGUGGCAAAGUUGGGCAACCACAUGUAAGGAAUUUGGAACGCCAACUGUGGUACAACUGAAUCAUCCUGGUCGACAGUGCCCGAUAGGAGCUGGAAAGCACGGCUAUUUCUCAAAGAAUGUAGCGCCAACUUCAAUUGGCCUCUAUAUGGGGGACGGUGUUAUUCCCAAAGCUGUCUCUGCAAUUGCGUUUGGAACACCCCGAGAACUGGAUGUAUCCGAGAUUCAGACCAUCGUUAAGCAAUUUGUCCGUGCAGCACGUUUAGCUUACCAAAGUGGCUUCUCUGGCGUGGAGAUUCACGCUGCGCACGGUUAUCUCAUAGAUGAAUUUCUUUCCGAGACGACAAAUCAACGAACCGACGCCUAUGGAGGUUCGCCACAAAAGAGAACUAAAUUUAUUUUAGAAGUCAUCAACGGUAUUCGAUCAGAAGUGCCCACUUCAUUUUGUGUCGGAGUCACAAUUAAUUCUAUAGACGCUCUGUCUCCAAAAGCUCUAUCUGAUAGGAUUCGACAACUGGAACUUAUUAUAAACGCUGGUAUUGAUUAUAUCCAAAUUACCGGUGGUACAUUUGAAGACCCCCAGAUGUUUCUCGGACCCUGUAAACAUGGAGGCCCGAUACUGAAAGAUAGCACAAAAACAACAGGUGCAUAUUUCGUUGAUUUUGCAAAAGUGGUCAAAUCGAGUUUUCCAGAUACUCCGCUCAUUUUGACUGGUGGCUUCCGUUGCCGUGAUAGCAUUGAGAAAGCUGUGGUGGAUGGAAAUUGUUCUAUGGUGGGGAUUGUUCGUCCAGCUGCAGUGAACCCUCUGCUACCGAAGACGGUAAUAUUCAAUCGUGAAAUCAGCAACUCGGAUGCAACACUAUAUUCACCAAAGAUUGAAGCGCCAUGGAUUAUCAAGAAGAUGGGCAUCACAGCUCUUAAUGUCCACAUGGAUAAUGCGUGGUAUUUAGCCCAUAUCAAAAAUUUGUCAAAGGAGUAUGUUAAGAACAUUUAG